AUGGAGCUCCUCUCCAAGGCCGUGGAUCCCCUGGCUCUUCAAGAUUCUGCGUUUCAUCGAGGUGGGGCGGAUGAUGUAAAACUCACCCUCGGCAAGUUGGCGGUAGCUGUCUUCGAUCGAGCUUUCUACUCGCUGAAUCCUUCACAUAUCGCCGGGACAGGUUGUCGUCAUAUCAUCAUCACUCUUCGUUUGGCCGGCUUUGCAGGCACCUUCGUAUUCAAAACCGUCCCCCGACGUCCGUCGCUUAGAUAUAAGGUCUUUGUCAACUGGAUCCUGCUGGAUCUCACUCGUUCCGUUCGAAGCCAGGUUAACAUGGAUGACACGCACACUCGUCAAGAAAAUGAUCCUCAGGGUAAUGAUUUACCAACUCCAUUUGGUUAUGGUUCAGAGACUACAGGAGGUGGGAAUGCAAAACCAGAUACUCCGAAAUCUAUAGAGGAGCUUGAAUCCUUAUUAAAGGACGAUAAGCCCCGAGUGAUUUUGAUUGAUCGUACCUUCGACUUUACGAAUACCAAGGGAAACAAAACCGAAAAAGGCUGUGCUCCCUGGUCAUCAUGUAAGAAUGGCAAUAUGGUUCAGCACGCUAGGAAUGCUGGUGAUUGGUGCGAGGACAGUUGGAAGCAGGGAAAGGAGACUCAAGUUACUUAUGAUGCAGCCGGAAUUGACGGUCUGGAAGUUAAAAGCGAUAAAACUAUUCGAGGUAUUGGAAAGAAUGGAGUUAUCAAAGGAAAAGGUCUACGUAUGGCAAGAUCGAGCAACGUCAUUAUUCAGCUGAUGAUCAAUCAUCUACCAAUCAUCUACCGAUACCAGAAUAUCCAUAUUACUUAUCUAAACCCACACCUGGUUUGGGGAGGUGACGCUAUCUCUAUAGAUAGCGGUAAAAAUAUCUGGGUUGAUCAUUGCACGUUUAGCUUCAUCGGAAGAGAAAUGGUCGUUGUAGGACAUGAUAAGACAACUGGGAUAACACUAUCAAACAACCACUUUGACGGGAGAACAAAAUGGUCAACUUCAUGUUCCAACCAACAUUAUUGGGCUGCAUUACUAAGUGGGGAUGGCACUACAGUCACCAUGGCGAACAAUACCUCUGGCAGAAGUCCCAAGUUGGGUGUUGGAGAAAUGAAAAACGUAGACGUUCACUACUAUAACAAUGUACAUUCAAAUUGCGUAGGUUCAACUUUUGAGGUUAAUGGAGGGAAUAUCCUGGCAGAAGGAAAUUUUUUCAAAGAAGUUUAUGCAGACCAUAAAGAUCAAACAAAGACAGAAGAUGGAGGUUCAGCUUAUAUUCCUUUCACAUCCGAAGAGACUCAGAAGUGCAAAUCCCAUAUUGGAAGAGACUGUGCUCCUAAUAUGAUGGAAAAUAAGAAAAAGGAUACCAAAGUAGGUAAAAUAAAGUUUGGAAAGACUGAGAAAGUACUUGAAGAAUUUAAAAACGUGAAGUAUGUUCAAAACGUCACUCCCAAGGCAGGAUCUGAGUUGAAGGGAAAACCACCAGGUGGAUGUGGGUUCGGACUACUAUAG